AUGAAGUAUCUCAUUAGUAUGAUCGCGGGGGCCGGGCUGGCUGCUGCUGCCCCCUUGCACGCUCGCGCUACAAACACUUAUUUCUUUACAUUUGGCAAUUCUUACACCCAGACCGGUUUCUCUACCACUGGCACGCAGCCCACUGCUGACAACCCAAUGGGGAACCCAACAUUGGGUACCGGAACAACCACUGGUGGCCCCAACUGGGUAGGAUACCUGACUACUGAGUACAAUGCCUCACUAGUCCUCAGCUACAACUUAGCUGUUGGAGGAGCGUCCCUCGACAAUUCCCUCGUCCUAACCGGUACCAAGGAAGAUAUGGUAACGCAAGUCGCCACCUUUGAGACAGCAUAUAGCCAGAAGCCUGCUGUUGCACCAUGGUCUUCGCAUGAUGCAGUCUUUGGAUUUUGGAUUGGAAUUAACGACAUUGGUUGGGCUUACUCGAGCAACAACGCCAGUGUCCUGAUUCCAAAGAUCAUGGCCCAGUAUAAGACCCAGGCCGAAAAGCUCUAUGCAAAUGGGGGACGGAAGUUCCUCUUCCUCAAUGUCCCUCCGACAAGCCGGUCUCCCCAGAUCAACAAUGCGCCCGGCCACGCUGAGUGGCUCGCGGCCUUCAACGCUGCCCUUAAGACAAUGGUUGAUGAAUUCAUCGCAGACAACAGCGGUCUGCAGACUACAACCGUUCUCUACGAUAGCUUCGCUUUCAUGACCAAGGUCCUCGAUGAUCCUACAACAUAUGGAUUCCCCGAUGCUACUUGUGUCAAUUCCAAUGGGGUUUCCUGUGUCUGGUGGAAUUCUUACCACCCAGGUUAUGCCUAUCAGAAGCUGCAGGCAGCGGAUAUGAAGAAGCAUAUACACUCUCUCGGUGCUUGGUAG